AUGGCCUUCUCGAACACCCUCAGCGGCCGCAUGGAAGAGCUGCGAUUCCCGAACCUGCGGUCGCCCGACGCAGAUGGUGCUUUCAGCCCAAACGGCUCUUCAACAAGAGAACAAAGUCCUUUUUUCCCGAGUGUACAUACCUCAUCCAACGAUGCGCGUGCUAGUUUGCAAAGGCGAUUCACGACGGACUCGAGCAAGAUGCCUGUCGCGAGGCCAUUUGGACAACAGUAUUCCUCAAUAACUCCAACUUCGGUCAAGAACAAGCAGAUUUACGACGACAUCCAAUCUGCCAAACGCAAAGCUGAAGAGCAGUUGCGGUUCUUGGAGGCCCAAGAACGUAACUUGCAAAUGGGUUCCAACACCCAAGAUCUCGACCGGAUCUCUACGAGAAUGAAUCGACUGAGCUUCAACGGCCCGGUCAGCGAGCCAACAACUCCUCCCGAGUAUGCUGACAGUGGCCUGAGCAACCGCUAUUCGCGGUCUAGCAGAUUGUCGAUGAACAGCCUCAUCUCACCCCCAGGACUGAGCAAUCGGAUCUCGCAAUCUAGCUCUUUUUUAACCUCUCCUCCGGCCAACCGUCUUUCGGCAAAUGGUCUUCUGGGCCAGAGCCAGAGACCCUCAGCAAAGUCAGUUCCUGGAUCACGUCGUGGCUCUGAUGAGGACGAGUACUACCCCGAAGACCUGAGCAAUACUCGGGCUGCUGCUACAUUGAACCGCUUCUCCAUGCCUGUGAAUAGCACCCGCCAACCGCGUCUGAGUGUCGGCAGUGCCACUCACCACUCUUUCGGUCCUGUCUCUUCGGCCACCAGCUUCCUCUUCGAUCCCGAAGACGAUGACAAACAUCUCUCUCUCAACGCGACAGAUUUGAAGUCCCCAGUUGCAAAAGCCUUUGCUCAACUCGAGGGCGACGAUACUUUCCCUACUCUGACCAGUGACGGUCUCAAGCUCUCUGCCAACUCUGCUGCUCUCGAUCUUGCCAAUUCCAGAGAUCCAGACCUUGAUUGGGCUCUUGGCUUCCGCUACAAACCCGGCCACCAGAGCAUGCCACACACUGACUCGUCCAUGUACCGACCUGUUCUUAGCAACUUGAGCAUCAACAGUCCUACCGCGGAUCGACCAGGCGAUCAAUCACGUCGCAAGUCGCAGCGCCAUUCCAUGGGUGUCACCUUCGAAGAAAAUUCACUCCUACCUUCGAAUCUGUCCAACAGUCGACCAGCCUCGCUCCAGACUUCCUACUCUACCAACGACGUGCCAACUGUCAAGAAGUCAUUGACUCUUGACGCCGUCUCGACCCCUUCCAAGACUCCCGCAGAGCAACAGUUCCACAAUCACAACGUCAGUUUGGGACGCAUUCCUGCCAACGCUGUGAAUAACCGUCAGAGUCGCGAAGUGGCAACUGGUGCGAGCAAGCUUGAAGACAAGUCAAGCAACACAACAUCGUCUAUCUCUAAUCUCCACGCAAGUGCGGCACCGUUCAGUGCUACCUACUCCACGGCUACGGACAACGCGUUGAACACGAUGAGCAGCCCCACUCCCACCAUGGCACCCCAACCAUACACAUACAACAUGCAGACCUACAACGUUAGCCAGAUGAACCCAUCGGCUCCCGUUGGUGGACCUGUCCAGGCAUAUGGCCAAGGUCAGGGUAUGUACAACAUCAACAGUGCUUACAAUGCUCAGCUUCAGCGCUCUGGAACUGGUCGUCGCAACCACGCUGAUGAGGCCCGCUUCAACAAUGUCCCACUUGAGUCAUACCGCGGCAAUCUCUAUGAGCUUUGCAAGGACCAACAUGGUUGUCGCUAUCUCCAGCGCAAGCUCGAAGACGGCAAUGAGGAGCAUAUCCAGGCGAUUUUUGUGGAAACUUGCCCUCACAUCAUUGAGCUCAUGACUGAUCCAUUUGGUAACUACUUAUGUCAGAAGUUGUUCGAGCACUGCAAUGAUGAACAGCGCACUACCCUUAUCAAUGCUGCUGCGCCUGCCUUGACGAGCAUCGCACUCAACCAGCAUGGCACUCGUGCAUUGCAGAAGAUGAUAGAGUUUGUCACUCUUCCGGAACAAGUCGACACGAUUAUCCAAUCUUUGACUCCGCGUGUAGUCGAUCUUGUUCAGGAUCUCAAUGGCAAUCACGUUGUGCAAAAAUGUCUGACUCGACUUGGUGCAGACCGCUCCCAGUUCAUCUACGAUGCUGUUGGCAAGUUCUGCGUCGUGGUCGGAACCCACCGCCAUGGAUGCUGUGUUCUUCAACGCUGCAUCGACCAUGCCCAAGGUUUCCAGCGUGCACAGCUCAUUGCCCGGAUCACUCACUGUGCUUUCGAUCUGGUUCAAGAUCCUUUCGGCAAUUACGUGGUUCAAUACAUCCUAGAUCUGGAUGAACCAGCAUUCACCAAACCAUUGUGCGACGCGUUUGCUGGUCGAAUCCCUGCAUUGUCCAAGCAGAAGUUUAGCUCCAACGUCAUUGAGAAGUGCCUGCGCAGUGCCGACACUGAAACCAAGAAAGCCAUGAUCGAAGAGAUGAUGAUGGGUCCCGAACUUGAGAAGAUGCUCCGCGAUGCCUUUGCGAAUUAUGUGGUUCAGACUGCUAUGGAGUUUGCCGACCCGCAGACCAAGAUGCGCCUGGUGGACGCCAUCCGCCCCAUUCUUCCACUGAUCAAGCAAACUCCGCACGGUCGCCGAAUUGCAAGCAAGAUUAUGGGCGGUGAUGUUGUUCAGAGCCGUGCCAGUGCUGCGACGAACGACAACAUCCUUGCAAGCUUUACUGGAAGUCGUGCCAACAGUCGACGUAAUGUUCAGAUUGUUGGUGGUGGCUUCAACACACUACGAGCUCCAACUGGCUUUGCGGACGAAAAUGUCAACACCAAUGGCUUUGGCAUGAUGCCCCGUGGUGAUGCAGCGCCCAUGUACAACGACAAUGCCUAUGGUAACGAUCUUGGUCAGAACGGUUAUGCCAGAUAUCUCAAUGGCCCCAACAAUAUGCUUUGA